AUGAAGCACGAGCACGGUAUCGAGGUGUAUGUCAAGGGCUUAGGGGAGCAACACGAGCGCAUUCGAUACACCGAGGAGAUCAAUCGCCGGCCAGGUUUCGAAGGCGCUGCGUUCCAUUCCUGUCUCAUCUCGCGGAAUGGUCUGAACAAGAUCAUUGUUGUUACUCUCUUUGGCAAGGGGCAAUACAUGAGCUCGGAGGAGGAUAUCGAACCUACGUUGAUGUCGAUCGCUCAUGGUAUGGACUGCCAGCAGAAGUUGAGCAUGAUCCGCAGCAUCAAGAACUUUGGCACAUUAGAGCAACACGAUGUACAAAUGUAUAUCACGCCUGUAAACACGGGUCAACUCGCCAACAUCCACCGAGGGCGCAGCAAGGAAGAUCAUGCACGGGCUAGUACCUUGACUAUCGUUCUUGGACGCGGCACACUGGACACCGAUUCUAAAUUCACACCAUUGAGUGGCUACCACGGAGAUGUCUACACCUUCGAGUUUAUAUGCCUAGUGACAUCGAAACCGAUGUAUGAUAAGGGUAUCGAGGCGCAGUACUACGACAAGGACGAUCCAUAUGCCGAGGAGUUCACCAAGGCUCGCAAAGAUUUUGAAUUACGGCAAAUCCACAGAGCGGGGCUGGAGGAGGAGGAAAAGCGGAAGGUAGGAGAAGCACGUAGAGCAGAGGACGAGCGUUCGGAUCGGGAAGAUGGCGGAGUCUUCCUAGGUGAUUUCUCCUUGCCAGGCGGGAAUGCUUCACGGCCGAUCGAUACCACGGCAGUAUCAACGGUCGUAGUGGCAUAUGGACAUCCGCGACAGUCUCGCAAGCGCUCUCGCGAGGAGGAAGAGGAGCUUGAGCAUCUCCGAGCCAGUGAUCUCGCCGAUGGUGUCCCUGGGAAUGGCCAAGUAAGUGCCACCAACAAGGCAGAUCUCGACGUUGAGUUGGCGACCGGAGCUUGCAACAGCUCGCUCGUUCCCGCUUUGGUCAGCUGGCGUACACGUUUCCUUCACCAUACCGCCUGGUGUGGUAGUAUUGAUGCUUCUCUUUGA